CAGUAAUACCAUCUUUGUAGCCAUGAAAUUUCAAUUGUUCGCUAGAGAUGUUAGUGAUGUUUUAAGAUCAUACAUAAAUAUUUAGUAUUUACUCGUUUUAUAUCGUUGUAUAAUGUACAGCAAUACUAAUAUUGUUUAUCAAUGUUGGUAAAAAUAGCAAUAAUAUGUUUGGAAUAUAUAUAAUAUAAUUUGAAUAAUAUAAAAGUAUAUCUCUUUCACACAUACAUCUCGUGUCUUAUUAUCUGCUAAAAAUGGGUGGUGGAGAUUUGAAUUUGAAGAAGUCAUGGCAUCCAUCUACUAUGAAAAAUAUAGAAAAAGUUUGGAAAGCAGAGCAACAACAAAGUCAAGAAAAAAAGAAAAUAGCUGAAUUAAAGAAAGAAAUAGAAAUGGAGAAAGAUCGAGAGGAUAUGAAAAAAUACGCAAUGGAGCAAGGAGUAAUAGAAAAGAAAGAUGACAAAAAGCUGGAUUGGAUGUAUAAAGGACCAAAUCAAUUAGUCAAUAGAGAAGAAUAUUUACUUGGACGGCCAAUUGAUAAAUCAUUUGAACAAAUGGUUCAAACAGAAAAGGAUAAUGAAUUAAACCAAGCACCAAGAAAUCAUGUUGAACACGAAUGUAUUCCUCCGUCAUUACGUUUCUUUUCUGGUAAUGAACAAGUGGACUUAGCAAGAAAAAUGCAAGAAGACCCCUUAUAUGCUAUAAAGAAGAAGGAGAUGGAAACAAGAAAUCAACUGCUAAAAAAUCCAGUUAAAUUAAAGCAAUUACGACAAUUGUUGGAACAGCAGUCAAAGAAAAGUAAAAGUGAAAAGAAAAAGAAGAAGAACAAACAAGAUAUUGAUAGUGAUGAUGAAGCACAACUUGACCUAUUACUGACUACUAAAUAUAAACAGUUAAAGGAUAAAAUUAGUAAUAAAGAUUUAAUAAAGUCAAUGAAAAAGGUGAAACAUAAACGAAAGAAAAAGUCUAGAAAAGAAAAUGAAACUUCCAAUAGUGAAUCAGAAAGUAGUAACGAAGGAAGUGAAAAUGAUGAACAUAUAAAAAAGCAUAAGAAAAAGAGAAGUAAAAGUAAAGAAAAAAAUACUGAAGUUAUAAAACAUAGUAAAGAAAAAUAUCUAAUACCUGAUAAAGAAGAAGAAAGAAAGCAUAAGUCAUAUGAAAAACUUGUUAAAGCAUGCAGUUCAAACAAUGAUAAUAAUGAUAGCUCAAUUAAAAAAAGAAGAGAUAGGUCAUUCAAUAGAGAGAUAAGAAAACACAGAGAGAAAGAUUUUCGUUCAAGCAGUCCUCAAAAUAGGAGAAGCAGUAUUCAUAAAAAUACAUACAAUACCGAGAAUAAGCAUAAAGAUCUUUCAAAGAGAUCACAUGAAAAAGAAACUAAUUCUAAAUUAUCUUCUGAUACAAAUAGAAAGUAUUACAAAAAAGAUAAGAAUCGAGAUAAAUGGAAUUUUAAAAAGAAACAGGAUCUCACAGAGGAAGAAAAAGAACGACGUAGACAAGAAAUGAUAGCAAAUGCAACAUGGAGAGAUGAAGAACGAGAACGUAAUGUUAAAAAGUAUCGCAUAGAAGAAAAGAAAGAAAUAGAUAGUAGAAAAGUGUAUAAUCAAGAUUUUGUUACAAAACAGUUAGCAGCCGCUGCAGAAAUAAGUACUGUUGCUUCUAGAAUUAAAGCCAAUAUAAAUAAUAUACAACGAUCAGGAAGAGCAAUGGAUAUAAAUUUUGCUAAAAGGUGAAUUCAAAUAAUACAGUUAAGUUUGUACAGUUUUAUAAAUUUCAUUGAAUUAUUUAUAAAAAUUACUAUAAUCUAAAUGUGAUGUAUUAAAAAAUGUAUACUGUGUAACAUAUAAUUAUGUAUUUUAUUGAUAUAUGAAUACAGAUUUUUCGACAGAA